AUGACUGUUAGAUUUACACCAGAGAAAGCGCAAUCUAUUAAAGAUUUUUGUGAUAUGGUUUUGAAUCAGAAUGAAGUGACAAAAAAACAGGUGGCACAGCUUGUAGGCAUGUUUGCAGCCUCUAAACCAGGGGUAGAAUAUGCUAGACUUUAUUAUAAGACCCUAGAAAUUGAGAAAGAUUUGGCUUUAAAACUUAAUCGAGGUAAUUUUGAAGCCCAUAUGUCUAUUGCACAUCAGAGUAGGGCAUUACUAAACUGGUGGUCCCUGAAUGUGUGUAAAUCUUUUAAAUCAAUAACUAGAAACUCUCUAAAAUUUCUUUUCAAAAGUGAUAGUUCCAAGUUUGGAUGGGGUGGAGUUAAUGAAGAUUCAGGUGAAGCAAUUAGUGGAUUAUGGGACAAGAAUAUUUGUGAGUCACACAUUAACUAUUUGGGGCUUUUGGCUGGUUUUUAUACUCUAAAAGGGUUGGGAGAGAAUAUUAGAGACUCCCAUGUUAGACUUUGUAUGGGCAAUUCAGUAGCUGUUUCGUAUGUUACCAAGCAAGGGGGCAAGAUCUCAACAUUGAAUGAACUAGCUCGUGAAUUAUGGAUUUGGUGUAUAGAUAGAAACAUCUGGCUUAGUGCAGAACAUGUCCAGGGUGCAACAAACAUUAUAGCUGAUUCGUUAUCUCGCAAAAAUAUAGACAUGGAUUGGAAGUUAGAUGAAGUGGUUUUUAAUGAACUGACAAAUCUGUGUGGAAAAUCUGAUAUAGAUUUAUUUGCAUCUAAGGACAAUCAUCAGUUAGAGAAAUAUUAUUCAUAUACACCAGACCCAAAUGCUGUAGGAGUUGAUGCUUUUGCACACUCUUGGAGAUAUAUUGACUGUUAUCUAUUUCCUCCUUUUAGUGUCAUAAACAGUGUCUUGAAGAAAAUCAAGGAGGAAGAAAUGCAGUUUGCUCUGUUGAUAGCUCCAGUGUGGAAGACACCGCCAUGGUUUCCGCAGGUGAUGCAUCAAGUGGCAGGUCCGUGUUAUCUUCUUCCGAAAACAGAGAUCCUCUUGAAAUUGCCAAAGGAUCCAGAACGACGACAUCCUUGA